AUGGCCGUCAUCACCAUCAGAGCGCUCGGCUUCUUCGGCGCAACCAUUGGCCCAGCGUCAUCAAUGCUACAGGUGGCAGAUCCUGAAGCCAGCGCUCAGUGCUCCCCAGAUCCUUUAACUAGCCGACCCUCUCGCCCGUACCAUCCGGCGAACACUCAUUCACUGUCAGCAGUUGAUCAGCGACAGGAUGCUGUGCCUUACACUGCUUUUAGCACUAUAAACGCCACACUUAAAUCAUUUUCGCCCUAUGGAGAACUGAAGAUGGCAUGUCUCCAGCUCAAAGACCUUCUGACCCAAGAGGGGGUGGGGCAUAGACACCCAUGCAACCCCAAAAAAUUCAUCAAGACGCAUAUCAGAUCCACGGUUGAGACCCCGCUGGCCGGAUCUCCCUCCGCUGCUCCCCCGGACUCUUCGAUGCUGGGCAGAGAAACAGGCUCAGGGAGUGCCUUGCAGAUGGGAUCAAUCGCCGAGUUGACAUUGGCUGUGGCCGCUGAGUCUCCUCUCUGA